UAAAAAUUUAGGAACAUACAACUUAACAUAAUGCACAUACAGACACUGUUGUGAAUGCGCAUCGCAUUUCGUUUUUAUAAUACACAUCUUUUGUACAUCAUCACUUCUUGCAAAAAUUUGUAUACGUUGUUCUUCACGUAUCUAUAUUGAAUUCAUUGGUACAUGCCUAAGAAAAUGAAAAAUCGGGCAUGGUGGGGUAAAUAAGUGCAGUAGAAACUUGCUGAGUUGCGCAGAACUUCUUUAUUCUUUCUUUGAAUUGACUAUAUAAAUCAAUUUAUCAUGUAAUUUAUUGUAUGUACGAUGUGUGUGAACAAUGUGAAGGAUAUGUUGUGUAUGUUUGUUUACGAUAUAAUUCAUUCAAAUCAAUAGCAAAAUUAUUUUUACUUGAAUUAAAUGAUUCCAUAAAAUGUUUGUAAAUAUAAAAAUACACUGUUAAUUAAUUUAAAAGUAUUAUAACCUCGAUAUAAAUACAUAUUCUUUUGGAGCUACUGUUUAUGCUGUUAUAAAGUUUAGGUACUGUACAAUCAUGAAUACGAAAAAAGUUAUAACCUUUGGGAAAAUUAGCAAAAAUUUAAAUAAAGAAACACUCCCAAACACAGAAAAUGUAAGUUCUGGAUUUGGCGUUUUUGGUAAAAAAGUACCAGAAACUAAUAUAACCAAGAUGAACGAGAUUAAACCGGAAGAUGAAGAAGAAACUCAAAAUUUGAAAAAUGUCAUGGGUAUAACAGGAUUUGGCAAAAAGGCAAAAUCUUUUGAUGUACAAGAAAUGCUAGAAAAUAUUACAAGAACUAUACAUAAUAAUAAAGCAACUGCAGAGGAAAAGAAGGCUAAAACUGAAGACAUCAUUCUUACACAUCAAGAAGAAGAAAUUAAGGAUAUCAAGACUAAAAAUAAAAAUAAUGAAGAUAAUGAAGAUAAUGAUGAUGAUGACGAUGAUGACGAUGAUAAUUUUAUUGGACCUCCAAUUCCUUCUGCGCUUCAGAACUCAGAUACAGAGAAAAUGAAAGGAACAGAAGAUAAAGAUGAUGACAGUGACGAAGAUGAGGAGUCUGAUACAGAAGAAACACAAUUAAAGGAUAAAAUUCCAUGCAGUCAUGAAGUUACAAUGACUCAUGGAACAAAAGCGGUUACUGCUAUUGCAGCAGAUCCUUCUGGAGCAAGAUUAGCAUCAGGUUCCAUCGAUUAUGAUGUUUGCUUUUGGGAUUUUGCUGGUAUGGAUUCCUCUAUGAGAAGUUUUAGAACUUUACAGCCUUGUGAAAAUCAUCCUAUAAAAUGUUUACAAUACUCAAUGACUGGGGAUGUUAUAUUGGUUAUAUCUGGUUCUGCUCAAGCAAAAGUUUUGGAUAGGGAUGGUUUUGAAAAAUGCGAAACUGUCAAAGGUGAUCAGUAUAUAACAGAUAUGGCACGCACAAAAGGACAUACGGCAGGCUUAAAUAGCGGUUGUUGGCACCCAUUUACAAAAGAGGAAUAUUUGACGUGUUCACAGGAUAGUACUUGUAGGAUAUGGAUUUUGUAUAGGCCACGUGCACAUAAGUAUUUAAUAAAAUGUAGAGCACAGAAUGGAGUUAAAACCAUACCAACCACAUGUGGUUAUAGUAGAGAAGGCAAUGUGGUAGCUUGUGGUUGUAUAGAUGGUUCCAUACAAAUGUGGGAUCACAGGAAAAAUUUUGUUAAUCCAUCGCUAAUUCAAAGGAAUGCACAUACACAGGGUGCUGAAAUAUCAAGUUUAAGUUUUUCAUAUCUUGGACACAUGCUUGCAACUAGAAGUUGUGACGAUACCUUAAAGCUCUGGGAUUUAAGAUCAUUCAAAACACCAGUUUUUGAAGCAAAAAAUUUGUAUUCUCGAUACGAUACGACCGACUGCAUGUUUAAUCCAGACGAUUCGAUCGUCGUCACAGGAGAGUCUCUGAAUAAAGGUCAAACUACUGGUAGAGUCCUGUUUUAUGACACCAAAACUUUUGAUUUAAUUGAUGCAAUAGGUGUAACAAAUUCACAUGUUAUUAAAACAUUAUGGCAUCCAAAACUAAAUCAAAUAUUUAUUGGUUGUGGAAAUGGGACAGUGAAAGUAUAUUAUGAUUCAAAGAAGAGCUUGAGAGGUGCAAAAUUGUGCGUCGUCAAAACGCAUCUCAAACAGAAGCAUAUCGAAGUAAUGUCCACCCAACAAAUUAUAACUCCACACGCCCUUCCAUUAUUCAGGCAAGAUAGGCCUAAAUCAGUCAGGAAGCAGAUGGAAAAAGAUCGUCUGGAUCCGGUUAAAUCGAGAAGACCAGAUUUACCCAUUACUUCUGGGCAAGGUGGAAGAGUCGCGUCUUCUGGAGGAACUCUUAGUUCUUAUGUAAUUCGAAAUUUGGGACUUAGCAAAAGGAUAGAGGAUGAUCAGGAUCCCAGAGAAGCUAUUUUGAAGUAUGCAAAGGUAGCAGAAGAAAAUCCAUACUGGAUUGCACCUGCAUAUAAAAAGACACAACCGCAAACAAUAUUUCAAACAGACGAACAGGAUGGUGCAUCGAGUGCAAAGAAGCAAAAAACUUAAAGAUUAUGUAUUUUGUUUUGUAUAAAGUUUUAUAUUAUAUAAUAUCUUAUGGUAA